AUGAGCUCUAAAUUUGUCAAUCGCAGAAAGCCCCGCAAGAUUGGCGUGGAUGACGAGCAGGAAGAUGGAGGCUCUGCGUCAGGUAUGUAG